AUGAACAAGAACUUUAUUGUUGGAGAGGAUGAUGAACCAACAGAUGAAUUAACAAGUGAAAUUAUCAAAAUUUUUAAAGAUUAUAAUGUGGAAUUAAAACCAGAUCAAAUAAAAGAAGAUUUACCAAAGAAAAAAAAGGAAGAAGAAAAAGAGCAACUAAAAAAUGAAGAUGACCAAUAUGGAGUAGAGUACGACAAUGAUGAAGAUGAAUAUAAUGAUUAUGAAGAUAAUGAUGAUAAUGAAGAUUAUUAUGAUGACUAUAAUAAUUCUGAUGAUGAUGGAAAUGACAUAGUUUUAAAAGAAACAAUAAAUAAUAAACCCAAUAAUAAUAGUAAUAGUAAAAAUAAUAACUAUAAUAUUUACAAUUAUAAUAAUAAUAAUAAUAAAAAUUUUUAUAGUGAUAAUUAUAAAAAUAAUAGUAUCUCCAUUAAUAUUAACAACAAUAAUAAUAACAUUAGUAAUGAUAAUAAUAAUAAUAAUAAAAGUAGUAAAUAUAAUAGCGAGUUUUCGACUGUCAAACAACAUGAAAAUAGCUUUAACUCAUCGGUUUCAACAAUUUUAGAUGAUUCUGAAGUUGUUACUAAAUUUUUAACAUCACAAGGUAUUUUAACUUUGGGAUCCUUAGCAAUAAUGGAGGAUGAUUCAAUUCAAGUAUUAUCAUAUACUAUUGAAUGUGCAGAUACAGAAGCUAUUAAAAUUUUUCAAGAAAUUUCGAGAGAUGUAAUCAAAGCAUCACAGUGCUCAACUGAACCACGAAGCUAUAUAAACCCAAAUUUUUCAAUUUGCCAAGUUAACCACUCCUCAUCAAUUAUGGUUUUGAAUGGUACAACUUUAAAUGAUGAAAAGAACUUGAGGAAAUUGGAUAUUCACACCAUUGGUCAAUUGGCAAGUGCAAGUGAUAGAGUUAUUAUAUCUGCAGAUAGUAGACUUUCCCUCUUUUCAUUCAUGGCCAAAAGAUUUUUAGAAUAUAUCAAAAACAAGCCUUAUGCAUACUCUCCAAUGCCAUUGGCUUCCCUUUCGGUUAUCAAAACUGAAGACAAAAGUAAAUUAAAAUCAGUUUAUUAUUAUUGCAGCAUCGAAGUUGCUGAUUAUAUAAAAGUUCAAGGUUGUAUCAAAUCUGCAAAAUUGUUAUUUGAAGAGUUUAUGAACUCACCAAAAGAAUCAAGAUUUAACCACCCAUGGAGAAAAAUCUAUUUCUCUUUUCGUUUGGCCGCCUCAAAGUAUUGUAAAAAUUUAGAUCCUACCGAUUUAGAUGUCUACAGCUAUUUACUUUGGAGAUCCACAUCAUCAAGGGGUUUAUCAUCAGAUAAUUGUGUUGGUGGAGUUUUAGCUAUUCAAUGUUUUUAUAGUCCAGUUCCACCAGGUAUAGAUUUAGGUGUUUACUCUAAAGAAUUUGAAGUUAAAAUUGAAGUAGAUAUUGAAGAUCUUUUAAAGAGCCCAACUACUCAAGUUUUCUAUUGUAUCAGCGAUAACCAAAGCUCAAAUCUUCUCAAUAAGGAUAUCUGGAUAAAAGCUACAAAAGAUGAUUUAAUCAGAGAAUCCUCUUCAGACUCUUGGAAAAACUAUGUUGAUGGUAGUGAUCCAAAAUUAACAACCCCUCAUUGUUCAAUUAUAACUUUAAGUGAUUCAAAUUUAAUCGGUGCUGGUUUCGCCCAAGCCGCCAUCAUUGGUUUAGAUGGUAAUGAAUGGGCUAAAUCUGCUGGUUUUGGUCUUAAAGGUACUGAAGGUAAAACUCUUGCUGGUUUAUUCUCAAAACAAGACCCAGGUGCUGGUGUCUCUGUCAACGGUAACAAAUACAUGACCCUCAAGACUGACUCACGUUCAUUAUACGGUAAAAAAGGUAGCGGUGGUGUCGUUUGUGUUAAAACUGGUACCUGUGUCUUAAUCGGUGUCUAUGAUGAUAAAUUACAACCAGGUGCUGCUGCCAACGCCGUCGAAAAAUUAGCUGAUUACUUAAUUGAUAACAACUGUUAA